UCUUCAUUUUACGAGCGAUUUGAAUCUAGAUCUCGUGGCUUCUUCUUAGCAACGCGUAUUUGACAAAAUAACGCAUCAAAUAACAACAGCUCAGUUAUCUCCGGACUCGCCAUUGACGAGCAACACUUUCCAUCCUCUCUCUACAAAAUUAUAUUUGGCACAUAGUUAUGACCGAUUUAUCGGUUAAUUAAAUCUUCUUAGUGAUUGUUUGCGCGUGCCGUAAAUGCGCCAUUUCCAAGUUUAUAUAUUUGCCGAGUCCAAGUUGCUUUAGCGUCGUCGCACAUUUCGGGAAGUCGCAAAAGGAAGCCACCGCGAGAGAGAUUAUUCGAGAUCAUCCAGAUCAUUGCGGAUUUACGAAAUUGAUGUCGGCAACGAUCUGCUUCUCAAGAUCUCUUCCUGCUCUUCGUAUCUGACCUCCGAAAGUCUCGGCGAUCGAGGACUGCUCAUGAGACGACACAUAGCAUUGACAUCCUAGAAUAUUUCUCAACGAGGAACGAGGAGACAAGAAGAGCUAAAAUAUGACGAAGCCGAAGAUGUCGGCCCUUGUGGCUUCUGCCAUUCGCAAUCUGCGAGAGGUCCGCGGAUCCACGUCCAAGGAAAUCAUGAAUUACAUCAGGUCGCAAUACACUAAUGCAUCGGAUUCCACUGUUCAGAAGCAGAUAUACACCGCCUUGAAACGUGGCUUGGACUAUGGUAUUCUAAAAAGGGAUCGCGGUUAUUACAGCCUGAAUAUUAAUCCCGACAUGCUGUACAAAGCGGACACCGUAGCACCCUUGGAACAAGGCAGAAGAGGAAGAAGACGAGGAAGAAGGCGAGGACGUCGCCGUGGAGUAUCGCGACGAGGGCGAAGACGAGGACGAGGUCGAGGCCGUCGUGCAGCUAGAGCCGGAAGGGGAGGGAGGAGGAGGAGGAGGAGGAGGAGGAGGAGGCGAAGCAGAAAGGGAAGGGGAAGAGGAAGAGGAAGUCCUCCACCUACGAGAACGAGAUCCCUCGCGACCAGAUGCAACAAGUGCUCGCUCAGGAAACGCACGGAGGAUACCUUGAGGAAGACUCCGAUGGAGAGCCUUAGGAAGGAUAUGACUUACUCUUUCAAAAAGGACAUCGACAACAAAACGCCAUCUAGACAACAGAGCCGUAGCCGGGAUCGAAGUCCGACUCACAGCCUCGAAUCGAGCAUCAGCGAAAAGGGGAUGAUUGAUGACCGAGAUUGCGAUCAGCUGUGAUCUGCGUACGAAGAUACUCCGAAAAUUGAUCCUUUGCAGUCGCGCGUAUAU